AUGCAACGCAGAUCACGCGUUGCCGAUGUCGAUACGCAUGUCUUAUACACGUCUUCGUACCCAUGUCCUCCAUCAGCUUUCGAAGCGAAUCACGGUGUUCGCUGGUGGAAGAUAUUCGCGAGGAUAACGACAACGAACAGUCCGGAGUUGACCGAAAUAGGUUUACAUAGGAUAGACGUUGUCUUCCAUCUUGGGCGCUGA